AUGUCUGAUCCCAAGAAUACCCUUUUCCCCAAAAUCGUAUUUUUCCACUCUAAAGGUAUUCCAACCGAAGACAUUGCCAAAUUAGUGUCUACAACACCAGGUGUUUUGAGGACAAGUUUGGAAAACAAAAUCAUCCUAUCGUACAAUUUCUUCAAGGAAUUCCUCAAGUCCAAAGAGAAAACCAAUGUCGUUGUUAAACGCUUUGCUAGGAUUUUGUUGUUUGAUCUUCACAUAUAUGUAGUACCCAAUUUUGAAGCUCUGAGAGAAAUAGGUGUGCCCGAAUCGAAUAUUGUGGCUCUCUUACAAGACACCCUCAAGCUUUCACGGCUAACGCUGAUAGCAAUUCAUGCACUAAGGGCAAUUAGUAAAUCAACUUGGGAAAAGAAGUUGGAGGUUUAUAAGAAGUGGGGUUUGUCUGAGGAUCACAUUUUGGUGGCUUUCAGGAAGUAUCCAAUGUUUAUGUUGGCAUCAGAGGAUAAGAUUACGGGAAUAAUAGAUUUUUUUGUCAAUAAAAUGGGUUGGGAGUCUUCGAUUGUUGCGAGGAGGCCAGUGCUUGUUGGCAUGAGCUUGGAGAGGAGGAUCAUUCCAAGGUGUUUGGUUUAUCAAAUUCUGUUGUCGAAAGGUUUGAUUAAGAAGGAUUUUGGCCUGAUGAUUCGGAUGUUGGAAACUCCUAAGAGUCACUUCCUAAAGUAA